AUGCAGGAGGAACACCAGGAGGUUUUCGAAGGGACACCAGAAGCCCCCUUCGAUGAAGUGUACAGUGAUGCGAACCUGUUCAUUCGCCAUCUGUCGCGUGCUGUGGAUGAGCACGAGCUGCGGAAGAUAUUUUCCCCCUACGGUGAGAUUGUCUCCGCGGCUGUGAUGCGCAACAUCCACACCGGCGAGAAUCUUGGCACCGCCUUUGUGCGUUANAUAUUUUCCCCCUACGGUGAGAUUGUCUCCGCGGCUGUGAUGCGCAACAUCCACACCGGCGAGAAUCUUGGCACCGCCUUUGUGCGUUACGCCACGGCGGACCAGGCCCGCGCUGCACUUCAGUACUGCCAUGGAAGCCUCAUACACGGCCGCACCAUCUCAGUGCAUUGGGCGAAGAAGCAGCACGACGACGCUCCUGUUGGCGAGGCCCGCAAGCAGAUCUUCAAGCUUUUCGUGCGGAAUAUACCACUCGACGUCACUGCGGGAGACUUGGCGCGCCUCUUCAGCCGCUUUGGGCCUGUCGGCAGCGUCACGCUACACAAGGACACUGCCAGCGUCAGAGACAAGCGGCUGGAGCGCCGCAUCGCGUUUGUAGCGUUCCUCAUGGAGGGUGUGGCGGAGAAGGCGGCGGAGGCCAUUCACAAUACGCGGCCGUUCCCCAGCAGUGGCUCCAUCCCGCUCAUGGUGAAGCUCGCUGAGGAUCUGCCGUCGCGCAGCCGCCGCCGCUCUGCCGCGUUCGCAGACUCGUGCCGAAAGGCCUCUGCAAGCGGGGAGCAGACAUGGUGCCACGCGGACGCCGCAACUUUUGUGCAACAGAGACCCCCUAUGUGGCCCUUGAUGCCGCUAUCGUCGGCACACGCGAUGUUCUCCCACUUCUACGGCAAGGAGUUCUUCAUGCAGCAGCAGCAUCAUCAGUAUCCCGCCUCGUCCCCUUUUCCAAAUGAUGGCCGAGCAUACUACAGGGAUAACCGGCACAGUAUGCAUCCCAUGAGGAUGCCGCUGUGGCCGUGUGCAGACAGAAGGUUCCAACAGAAGUUUAUGUACGGUCAACGUCAAACACCGUUUGGCGCUGCGAUGAGGAGAGGGAGUCAGUCGAGCAACGUUUAUGUAUCACCGUUGGCGACGCUGAACAGCCCUUCCAGCUCGCUCUACUCGCCAGAAUUGAAUGCGUCCACGUCCAUGACGUUGCGCCAGUCUACGUCAACCUCUGUCAGGUGGGGACCGCCAGAUGUCUCUGCUGCUGCACCACCGCAGAAAACUCCACUAAGCAGCUACGCGUCCAUAGGGUCUUUUCAUGGGACGAUUAACAGCAACAAUGACCUCUCUCUCAGCGAUACCACCAUAAUGACAAAAACAUUAUCAUCAAAUGGGGAAAAGAAGCACUGCACACGGUACACGCACAAUCCCUAUCGCGCACAGUAA